GCAAAACUGGAGCGCAUCGCGAGUCAUUUACAUAAAUGAUUGUCAUUCGAGUGUAUCGUUUAUUUGUCUCGAUAAAAUUCUAUGUAGUCUGUUAAUUUCUAAAUUUGCUGCGUUGCCGUUUGUUGCUCCAUUUGCCGACAUCAAAGGUUACAUCACUUCGUAUCUAAAUCACGUGGCAAACCAUAACAGUGUUGAAACGGUCGUGCACAAUGACGGACGCGGAAAAAUCGCUGAGAAAAGUGCUCGAGGAAAUCGCGGGCAGAAAUAACAUAUGUAAUUACAAAGUGAAUAUUAAGGGCUUCACUAGUGGCGGAGCGAAUUUUACAUCGGCCAUAUUUUUCGCGACCAUCUCGUCACCGUACACGGACGAUCUGAAUCUCUUCGCGAAGGUGGCAGCUAUAGGGGAAAAGAUCCGCAAGAAAUCGUACAUGGACUCUAUGUUUAAAACUGAACAGCUCUUUUACACUAAACUGGUGAACACAUGGGACGGUUUCCAGAAGAAAUACUCCGUACAGGGAGAGGAUCGGUUUAUUUUUCCAAAAUUUUACGGCGGUAGUCCGAUUCGCGGGGAGGAGACCAUUGUAUUGGAGAACUUGGUGACACGUGGAUAUGAAACUCACAAUAGAUUGACAUCCGUCGAUUGGCAGUACGCCUCCGAAGCCAUCAAGGUACUGGCAAAAUUUCACGCUUUCUCAUUUGUUUUUGAAAGAGAAUGCCCAGAUGAAUAUGUUAAAAUAUGCAAUGAAUUAGUGUUCAAGUUUGGUGAUCAGGACAAAGAUGAAAAUGUUUGGGAGAAAAUGAUCGGGAAUUCGAUACAGGUGUUAAACGAAGACCACAGGGGAAGAGUUAUGAAGUAUUUCAAGUCACAAUCGGACAUGAAGAGUUUUUUGAAAUAUUAUGAACCUAUUGGAAAGCCGGUAUUAAUUCACGGGGACUAUCGGCCGAGCAACUUGUUGAAUAAACGGCAGGGUGACUCUCUCCAAAUUGUGCCAGUCGAUUACCAGACCAUCCGUGCUGGUAGCCCCGUCUCGGACCUAAUCUACUUCAUAUUUGUGGGGUCCGACCAGAAGUUCCGAGCCAAGUACUACCACCAGCUCAUCGAACACUACUACGAGCAGCUCUUCUUGGCGUUGGCCAAGUUCAAUAUAAAAGCAGACGAGGUCUAUUCAAGGGAGACGUUCAAUAGUGAAUUAAAGGAGAUGCUGCCAUUUGCUGUAAUGCUUGGUGUGUUAGUUCUGCCAGUUGUAACGGUGGAAGCCGAAAACGCCCCGCGGAUGGAUGGAGACGCAGACUUCAAUAAUUUUGUUCUGACGCCAAAUGAGCUAUUCGCUAAGAGAUUCACCGAAUUGAUCGAAGACUGUAUUCAGUAUAAAAUCAUUUAGCUAAAAAAAAAAGAAAUAGA